AUGGUGUUGGAGAGCGGAGAACAACUUGCUGGCAACCUCAUUGAGGUCGUGGCGAAGGGUAAACUUCUUUCCACCGCAGAGCCCUUGAAGCUGGUCCUGCCAGAAGUUGACCGAGCACAGCAUCAAGUGGUUUUGCAGGCUGCUGUGAUUUUGUUCCAGCGCUUCCUUGAGAGUGUGGUCACUUCGAACGACCUUGCCAAACUUGCACAAGUUGUUAAGGAGGUCCUGUUGCCCACACUCGUGAAAUUUGAUCAGCAGCUCACAGCCCGUCGAGCAUUUCAGGCAGCUUGUGUCCUGACGCCGCUGCUUAAUCGAGCAGCUGUUCUGGCAGCGCAAUGCUGCGCCUUGGCAAUAAAAGGACCUUGGCGAGCAGAUGUGGUUGUACCAUUUUGCGAAGCAGUCUCGGAUUUGCAAGAGGUGUUCUCUAGUGCCAUCAUUGCUCGCGCAGAAAGACUGCGGCCAUUUGAUGCUUCAAGGAUUUUUGCCUCGCACACACGUUUCGAUGACUGCCAAGCAGCGGCUGCCAAAGCUGUAGCCACAGCUGUAGCUUCAGGCCCGGAGCUGCUUCGCAUUGACCCGAACUGA